GCCGGAGAAAACGAAGAAGAAGAAGAGGAACACAGCGGCGCUAGCAACUAGCUCGGCAGGUUACGUCGAGGAAAUUCUCUGAGUUGUCGUUCUUCAUCACUCUGCCUCCGCCUUGUCCCCUUCACGAGCGCUGCAGGAUUGUUGGGGUUUUAGUUCUCUUCCUGACCUGCCAACAUGCCAGCUGCACUUACAGAUUCCAGUCAGAUAAUCUGUGAAGUCUGGGCGAGCAAUGUGGAGGAUGAAAUGAGGAAGAUCCGGCAGAUUAUUCAGAGCUACAAUUACAUUGCCAUGGACACAGAAUUCCCUGGAGUGGUUGUCCGACCAAUUGGCGAGUUUCGCAGCACAGUGGACUACCAGUACCAGCUGCUGAGGUGCAACGUCGAUCUCCUGAAGAUCAUCCAGCUCGGACUCACGUUCAUGAAUGAGGAUGGAGACUAUCCCCCCGGCACGACGACGUGGCAGUUCAACUUCAAAUUCAACCUCACAGAAGACAUGUACUCACAGGACUCCAUAGAUCUGCUCCAGAACUCCGGCCUCCAGUUUAAAAAACACGAAGAAGAAGGAAUCGACACACUCUACUUCGCCGAGCUCCUCAUGACGUCAGGUCUGGUGCUGUGUGAAAACGUCAAGUGGCUCUCGUUUCACAGCGGCUACGACUUUGGGUACCUGGUGAAGCUCCUGACAGACGCACGGCUCCCUGAGGAGGAACAUGACUUCUUCCAGAUCCUCAACCUGUUCUUCCCUGCAAUCUACGACGUCAAGUACCUGAUGAAGAGCUGCAAAAACUUAAAGGGAGGGCUUCAGGAAGUGGCGGACCAGCUGGAGCUGAAGCGGAUCGGACGGCAGCAUCAGGCCGGAUCAGACUCUCUGCUCACCGGUAUGGCUUUCUUCAGGAUGAAAGAGCUUUUCUUCGAGGACAACAUUGAUGACGCAAAGUAUUGUGGGAGAUUGUACGGCCUGGGCUCGGGCUCCAGCCAACCCCAGAACGGCAUCUCCAGCUCAGGCCAAGAGGAGACGAACAACAAGCACUGACCGAGCGCUCGACUUUUCAAGUGGAAUUCGCACUUGUUUUAAAACCCAACCAGCAGGUGUCCCCUCUGAUCUCCCUCAGCACUCGAUCCCUGAACGAGACAAAAGCAAAUAUUUCUUUAAAUUUCCCUCCUGAGUGACUGUAAAAUGGACUCACAGUGACAGUGGAUCCUUCACUGGCUCACUGGAUUCUUUAUAGUCACUUUUACUCAGAACACUUUUUAAAAAUCUUUUUUUCCAUUUACAGUAGUAGUGACACCUUUCUUUACAGCAUGGGACCAGCUCCUGUAUCACACUGUGAUUUCAGACCAAACGUUGUCAGAUCCUUCAGUUCAGACUCUCUCUCAUCAGCGGGAUUUCAUUUUUUUAAGUUAAUGCUGGAAGGGCCUGUAAAUUAAAAUGUAUAAUUUUGAUGAGAAUAAAAAUGUUUUAGCUCUUUUCCACUUUCAGAAACUUUUAACGGUGUAUAACUGUGCUUGGUUAUGCAUGUGUUUCAGUGGGAAAACAACUUGUUCUGUACAUUCACCCACCAAACCAAACUGUCCACCGUCAGGUUUACAGAUGUUGUGGUUACUGUUGUUUUUACAUUCUACAUUGUUUUAAACAGCUGUAUAUUAAAUUGUUUUGUAUUUUGAAUGUAAAUUUUAAGUAUUUGAUCUUUUUUUUUUUUUAAACCUCACUGACGCAGCUCGUUUAAAAAGCAUAGGAGAUUUGAGCCAAACACAAAUUUCUUCUUACGAUGUCAGAGGGGAUGCUUUAAAAUGGAAGGACUACAGCUAGAGCUGAAACAGUUGAUUGAUUUUUUUUUUUUCAUAAAAUUAAUCAACUACUUUAAUGAUCAAUUAAUUCUGCAAAAAUAUUCUCACAGUUUUUCUGUUUUAUAACUUUACAGUUUGAAUCUUUUUGGGUUUAGAAAUCAGUUUUAAAGGUGUCGUCUUUGUCUCUGGAGUUAAAUCAGAAGUUACACAUAACCCCAGCUUUAACUAACAUUUGAUUAUUGAUUAAAAACUAAUUGUUUAGUUGUUCCAAUAACAGUCAAAUAAUGUCCAGAUUUCCCAAAAACAAACUGAUCAAAGCAACUUUUCAGAACCCAAAAGACGUUCAAAUCACAAUGUUAUGAAACAGAAAAGCAGCAGGUCCUCACAUGAGAGAAGGUUUAAGCAGUGACUAUUAAAAAAAAAAAAAAGAUCUUGAAAUUUAAAAAUGAAUUUAAAACAAAGACAUUCC